CAGGGGAUCGGCGACGUGGAGGUUAUACUGGAGCAGGGCAGAGACACACGGGUGAUGCGGACCCCGUCUACCUACACACGAUGGGAAUGUGUGACGGGGGGAUGACGUGCCCGAAAGGCAUGGCCUUGAAGGAGCCCAGCGGCAUAAUCCGCGACCACUUCUGCAAGGAAGACGAAUGUGAUCCUGCUGUGGACCUGCCGUUCUGUUGUGCUGACAGGGCGAGCUGCGAGAACUUCGACCCGGACGACUGCGACAUGGGGUACACUGUUUCGGAGCUCUCCGUCAAAGAGUCCUGCAAGAUGACCGUCUGUAAACCCACGGACGCGCAUGCGUGCUGCGAGAAGAAGCAGACGUGUCACUCGUUCGACUGGGAGCUCUGCCCGACGGACUCUUACUUGCGGCACGACGCGAAGCAAGUGCCCUGCUCGAAGGUGGAGUGCUCCGCAGACGACAUUCCCAUCUGCUGCGUGGGCGUGUCGCAGGAGACGUGCGCCUGGAUGCCGCCCGAGUACUGUCCCAAGGGCAGCGUUGUGGACAGGGACGAAGCGUGGAAGCACUAUUGUGCAGGCG